UUAUCUUUUUCCUCCGGAUUGAUGGAUUGUAGAAUCUUCAUGCAUAUACGUACUUUGGCACCUAAUCAAAUAAGUGUACGAAAGAAUCCAUCUUUUACUAGACGCGUACGUACUACGUACCCUCUUGAUAUUUGUUUGCCUUUCCGAUUCCGCGCUUUGCCCGCGGGUGCACUAUAAAUACUUAGGUCAGACUGCCAUAUUGCUAUAUAUAUCAGUGUUGUACUAAAAUAAGCCAUCAAAGCUCUCACGUCUCACCACCACUUUACACGAAGAAAUGGACAAGAAUCCCUUGCAACACCAGCUUGACAUGAAGAGGUCCCUCCUCGACCAGGGGUACCUUGAUGAGCAAUUUAUUCAGCUUGAGGAGUUGGAAGAUGAUGACAACCCUAAUUUCGUAGAGGAAAUGGUGACAACUUUCUAUGCUAAUUCUGCUAGACUUCUACAAAACAUAGAGCAAGCACUGGGUAGUCGGCCUAUUGAUUUCACCAAGCUGGAUGAUUCCAUGCACCAAUUCAAGGGUAGCAGCUCAAGCAUAGGAGCCUCGAGAGUGAAGAAAGAAUGCACACUAUUCAUGGAAUACUGCGAGGCAGCUAAUGCAGAAGGAUGCAUUAGGACUUUCCGAGAAGUCAAACAAGAGCAUGCAAGUUUGAAGACGAAGCUGGAAGAUUAUUUUAAGUUGGCACGACAAGGUGGACCAUCAGCAGGAGGCCAAGCCGGCCGAUAAUUAAAUGGUCAUUGGCGAUACCUCAUAUACGUACGGACUCAUUCUUCAUAUAUAUAUAUGAACAAAAGCUCAUAUUAUCGAGUAGAACGGAAGAAUUUCGCAGAGUUUCCAUGUAUUAAUUAGCAGUAUCAUUAAUUGUGUUUACUGAUAAGCUUGCAAUCAGCUUAGCUAGUCUUAUAUAUUAUGAUGUUGAUCGGCCUAUGCGUCGCUUAUGUUUUCCUUC